AUGUCUCGACAGGCGAUCGCGAGGCAUUAUGCCCGAAUCUCCAGCCUCUGGCCCACCGAUCCUCUCCGACCCCAAAUCACCUUCCAAUCCGCCAUCCAAUUCCGCGAAUCCCUCGCAUCCCCCCAACCCGCGGCCGAAAGCGUCCAGUCAUCCACACCCGCCGCGCCCCUAGACGGACAGCGGGAAUUAAGAAACGCUAAUGCGUUAUACUCACUACUUGAUAACCGGUAUAUGAAGAAGUACCCAAUCUCGAAAGACGUCCUGAAACCAAAGUCGAACGUUACGUAUUACGAUGAUCUCAUAAAGGAAUUGGAGAUGGCGCCGAGGCGGAAUUGGUGGGAGAACUUCGUUACGAACCUUCGCGGGAAGAUUAGGUUUUCGUGA